AAGGGUGCGCACCUGCGCCUCGAGAUCCACCACCUCUCCCGCGCCGCGGCACGGCACGAGCAGGCCAAGGCGGCGCUGCACACCGCGCUCGAGGCGGCGCGCGGCGCGCUGCAGGCGUCGCGCGCGCGCGAGAAGGAGGCGGCCGAGGCGGCCGAGGCGGCGGCCGAGGCGGUGUCGGCGGGCGAGGGUCGUGCGGAAGAGGCGCAGGCCAAGGUGGGCGCCGCCAAGGAGGGGGCGACGCGGUUGGCCAUCGUGCUCUCAGAUGCUGGAUACCGACCAGUGCUCAAGACGACACGGAUUACUGCUCUCUCUCUCUCUCUCUCUCUCUCUCUCUCUCUCUCUCUCUCUCUCUCUCUCUCUCUCUCUCUCUCUCUCUGCCGUGCACACGUCUUGAAUUCGCAGCCUUCGAGUACUCAAGCGAUGCUGCGGACACUGCACGAGGACGCAUUCCUACGCUCUGAUCUUCAGGCUCUCGACAAGAAGUCGCUCGGCGCUGCCGCGCGGCGCAAGAAGAAGGCCGCGGCGGGGCUUCGCGCCGCCCUCUCGGAGCUCGACGCGACGGAGCGCGCCUCGCAGCUGGCCCUCGCCAAGGCCACCGCGGAGCGCCGCGCCGCCGCACAGGCGCUCGCCCGCGAGGAGGAGGCGCGCGACACCCGCGAGCGGGAGUUGGCCGAGGCGUCUCCUGCCGGCGAGGAGGAGGAGAGCGGCGGCCUCGUGGCGCAGCGCGCGCAGUGCCGGAGGGAGGCGCCACGGGCGUCCGCGCGGGCAGCACGCGCGGAGGGCGACGUCGAUGCUGCCCGCGCCCAGCUGCGGCAGGCGGAGGCGGAGGCGGACAUGUCGAUGGCGACCUCGCGAGGCGACGCGCGUAUCGCCGCGGUCUCCGGCCUGCGCGGACGCGGCGUCGAGUGCCGCUUCCUCUGCGAGUGCCUGUGCGCCCCCGAGGAGCACCGCACCGCGGUGCACGCCGCGCUGGGAGGGUGCGAGCCGCUGCUGCGCUGCGCUGCGCACCGGCUACUCGCCGGCUGGUCGCUCGCGCCUGACAAGAAGGUCUGA